CUGGAGCCAGGGCGGAAGCGCCGCCGCAGAGAGAGGAAAAUGGCUCUCACUAAGGGCGGAAGUGAAGCCUCGGAGGGCGUGGAAAGGGCGCCUGUGCGCUUGGCUGAAGCCCAAGAUGGCGGCGGGGAUGUACCUGGAGCACUACCUGGACAGCAUUGAGAACCUGCCAUUUGAGCUGCAGAGAAACUUUCAGCUCAUGCGAGACCUGGACCAGCGAACAGAAGAUCUCAAAUCAGAGAUUGAUAAAUUGGCCACAGAAUAUAUCAGCAAUGCUCGGACACUCUCUUCAGAGGAGAAACUGGGGCUUCUCAAGCAAAUCCAGGAGGCCUAUGGGAAGUGCAAGGAGUUUGGGGAUGACAAAGUGCAGUUGGCUAUGCAGACAUAUGAGAUGGUGGAUAAGCACAUCCGGCGGCUGGACACAGACCUUGCCCGGUUUGAAGCUGACCUGAAAGAGAAACAGAUUGAGUCAAGUGACUAUGACAGCUCAUCUAGCAAAGGCAAAAAGAAAGGCCGGGCCCAGAAAGAGAAGAAAGCUGCUCGUGCUCGCUCUAAGGGGAAGAACUCUGAUGAAGAGGCACCAAAAACAGCCCAAAAGAAGCUGAAACUAGUUCGCACCAGCACAGAGUACGGGAUGCCUUCGGUUACCUUUGGAAACGUGCACCCAUCUGAUGUGCUGGAUAUGCCCGUGGAUCCCAAUGAGCCUACCUACUGCCUCUGCCAUCAGGUCUCCUAUGGGGAGAUGAUUGGUUGCGACAACCCCGAUUGCUCCAUUGAGUGGUUCCAUUUUGCUUGUGUGGGCUUGACAACAAAGCCAAGAGGGAAAUGGUUCUGUCCUCGUUGCUCCCAGGAGAGGAAGAAGAAAUAAAUUUAUCGUUUCCUGAGAUCCAGACACUGUUGCCAGAACACCCACCCCUGCCCCUGGGAUUCAGCACUCUUCCCCCAGUUUCUGGGGCCUCAUAGUUAGGGGGUCUCGCCCUGGGUGAGCAGAGCUACCUGUGAAUGGUUUGUAUCCUCUUGAGGGUUCUUGCGUGUUGGAAACAUUCACUGCUUCCCAGUUCCUCUGGGAAGUUUCUCUGUGUGGACUGCCCUUGAGGGGGAGACUCCAUGGGAUGGAAUAAGCCCUCUUCAUCUCUACAGUCCUUUACCCUGCUUAGGUUCCAAAGCCUGUAUCAGCUUAAAGGAACCCAGACUUUUUGGAGGGAGAAGGAAUGAAAUCCAAAUAACUCAUAGAAGAAACAUGAUCAUCUCUCAAAUUUCCUAAUUUGUGUCCUGGGAGAGGAACAACCAAGCCUAUCCAGUAGGCCAUUUAAGAAGAUGAGCCUUUCUUCUUUUCUUUUCUUCUCUUUUUAAUUUCCUGUCUCCUACCACAUUCCAUUUUUCAAAGGGAGAGGAACUAUUUAGAGCCAAAUAGAAUGUGUGUCUCCUUCACGGAGGAAACCCUCUGCCUGCUGAAUGAAGUGUUCAUGAAUUCGUAGUCCAUGCUUCUGUUAACAGAGGCAAGCCAGGGAAUUCACUCCUCUCCUGGUACUGCUUGUUAUGGGGGAUUGAAACCCCAUGUUGUAAAAUAUGGCAUUAAAUAAAAUCAAUUCAACCAACUUUGGAGUGAUUCUCAGUUUGGGGUAGAGGGUGGGAUUAACUGAAAUGAUUGUCAACAGCCAGUUUUCUGAUGGCAGAAGAGGUGUUUGUGGUACUUCAAAAUAUUAUUUCUAAGUUGCCAUUAGGCACCUAUAAGUUGUACUUUCUAUUUUUCUACAAACAUGUAUGUAUGCCACCUAGGGCCCUGUAGGAAACUACUCAAAACAGGAGAACAAAAGGGACAUUCUAUCACAGGAAGGGAAAAAGAAGUAGGUGGUGCAGGAAAUGACGGGUUGGGGGUUAGAGCAGGCCAGGCAGAACAUCAGGCAACUAGGAGCUAGAGCAGUAAUCACUAUUUUUCAAGUCGGGGCCACUUUGGUUAAAAAAACAACAAUCCAUCAAUGUGAGAGCCAUUUCCCACUGUGCUGAGCUCUGCAAAGCACUGUCCCUCUCUGUCCUGGGAAGGCCUUUAAGACAGUUGUAGUCCUCUCUUUAGGGCUCUAUGGGAAAGCACCGGGACCCUGUGCACACCUUCCAAGAUGGAGCAGGGCUCAAGAGGGCACUGUUUCCUUUCAAGGAGCCUCGCUGGCGCUGGGCACGGCACUGCACAGUGGGAACAGUCACCUCCAUCAGGUGCACCAGGGGGACUGUGGAGAGGAUGCAACUUGGGCUGAAGCUUUGUACAAUCCCAAUAAUCAAUUAGCCAGGGAGCCGUACUUGGGGUUGAUGCGAGCCACCACUUACUAGAGGGUACUUGGAAGGAACUUGGAUGGAGCUUUCAAAAGGAUUGAACUGAUGCCUUGAGAGGUGUUUGAGAGUAAAGAGGAAAGCACCCAGCAAUGAAGGCAAAUUCUUCCCAUGCAGUUCUCAAGGAGUUAGUUCAUCUGGGAACUGGAAUUGAAGUAGGGGUGACUUUGAUGUAGAAGAGGACUAACAAACAGUUUUUCCAUUGCCUUUUUCUGCCAUGUUGUAACCUGAAUUGAUUGUGCAUGGAGUCUUCCAGCUUCUCAUCUCAUUUGUUUUGAUGGCCCAAAUACCACAAAUUCCCUAGACAGGCCAUAUUCCUCUUCCCCUACCUCUGCUGUUAGAAAAAUGCAAUGUGUAUCAUUUUGUUUGUGCUGUCCAGCUGUUCUAUCUUCCAGUUGCUAUCAAACUGUCUUAACUUUCCUUAAUAAACUCCUCUUGGUUUACUAUAA